AUAUUAAUGAACCGCUAAUUAUCGCGAGAAGCUUCCCGACUUCAUUAUUUCGGCACUAGAAGGAGGUUGAUUCGAGUCUCUCUCUGAAGUGCACUGCAAUUGUUUUCAGUUUCGUGAAAUAGUUACGUGUAGUCAGACGGAGAACAAUACCACUCAUCAAACAACUUAUUAAAAUGGGUGAUGUUACAACUUAGGUAAAACGCACAAUUCACCCAGUUUUAUUUCUUCCGUUUUAGGGAAGGAAUGUGACUUGUUCUCCGUUGAAGUAUGAUUAUAUCGUCGUAAUUGAAAUAUUUUAUCAUAAAAUUGUAUAUUUACUACAAUAGAGGAAUAUAUCAUACUCUGCUCAUCGCUUGGAACCAAAUAUUUUUUUACUGACGUGUUUGGAGCAAACUAGCCCCUAACUAUCACCAUGUUUCGUUCUGUGGUAGUUUUGAUUUGGAUUUGUUUCGCUACACGGAUACAUUCGACACACCUCGUAAGUCCGAUCCCCCGGAACACCAUCUGGACUUAUUCAUCACUGCUGGACACAGGGAACACUGUGUUAGAUUGCGGAGGAGUACAAACACAAUGGAAAAGAAAUGGCGGGAAAUGCGGUGUUUGCGGUGACCCAUGGGAUGGAUUGCGUCUUCAUGAAUAUGGCGGCAAGUACGCACAGGGAACUGUGGGAGGCGUCUACAAAACCGGAAGUACUGCUAUGCUAUCGAUUGAAACCCCCGACAAAAUUGGAGGGAAAAUCGAAUUCAGGUUAUGUGACGUCACAGAAAAGGGAGAAGAUCUCCAUCAGAGAUGCUUUGACAGACACGUUCUAAUGUUUUCGGACAACAACCAGAGAAGCCACCGAGUGAAAUCUCACGAGACUUUCGUCAAUGUGCAUGUCAAAUUUCCGGCUGGUCUAGUCUGUCAACAUUGUGUAUUACAAUGGACAUUUGUACAAGAUAACGAGGAAUGCCCCAAAUGCAAAGAAAGACGAACAAUCCGCAACUGUGCAGACAUACAAAUUACGGCGGGAAAUAUUCGACGUAAACGUCAAGCUCAGGGGUGGCAAAACAAACAGCAUGAUCAGGCAAACCUAGGGAAGAGAGUGGAAUGGCUCGGAGUUCAGGCAAAGAAAACAAUAGACAAUCAAUCCACUGCCAAAAAACCUACGGUAAAGAAGGAUGCAGAAAUAUACAGGACAGAACUGAAAAAGGUGGAGUCAAUCGCUAAAAAACCAAGCCCACCCACCCACAUCAACGGUAGACAACAACAGUUUUAUCAUUUACAACACCAGAGGGCUUUACACAGACAACAGAGCAGUCAAUUUGGUCGACAAAAGAAUGCUGGUCCAUCACUGUACGGAAACCAUAAUAGUGAAAUAGAGGUAACCCGAAUGAACAGAGUUAGUAAGCAAAACUUCAAGCUCACACAAUCGAGGCCGAAAAAACCGAAGAAAAACAAAGUAGAACCGUCUCCCGCAUUCACAAAUGCCAGUCCAAAGCAGGAUCCAACUCAAGCUAAACAGCAAGCCAAACAACAAACACAGCAUACUUCAAAACAGACACCGAGACAAAAUGAGCAAUUUAACCAUCCCCAUCAUAGACAACACAAACCAGCAAAUAUGAUUCAAACAAAAACAGAGAAUUCCAACAAUCCCACACCUCAAUAUCCCCAUAAACAACAUCAUCAACAUCCAAAUCAACCCAUGUACCAACACAAUAGAGGAAACCAACAGAGAUAUCCAAAUAACUACAAUCAACAUAACAACAUGAGGAACCAAAACCAGUAUCCCCGUAAACAACACCACCACCAACCUGGCAACUAUAACAAUAACCCCUGGAGUGUACCAAAAUGGAGUCAAAACAAUCGCAACCGACAAUUUGUUUCACGUCCGAGAAAUUUAUUAUCACAAACGCGCCACCAAGGUCCAAGUCCAACUCCCUCCAGGGAUGCUGUCGGGGGUGCAUUCAGCUCGCAGUAUGACAAACCGUCGGGUGGACUAUCCAGCAUGCCUUCCGAAAACCCUAACAAGAGACCUUUCAAUGAUAUGGUGGCAAAGACUCAUUCCGGGAGAUUCCUUGCUUCUCAGGAAAGUUUGAUACCUAGGUCUUCUAAUAACAAUCACUAUAGGCAUAACAGAAGACCCCCGACACCCCCAACCUCUGGCAUGUACCCCUCCAAUGAUGUUAUUCCCUCUGUGGCGGCAGGAAAGUCUCCACUUAGCAAUUUUAAAAAGAAUACCCCUAUAUCAAUUGACCGCCAUGCUAAGGAAAUGAAUCCGGACACCAAGUUAGUGAGGAAUUUCAUCCAACCAGCAGAAUUCAAGGAUUUACCUCGUUUUGAUUUUGUACAUGCUCCAGAAGUUCAGCGACAACGUAUUGCUCCAAAAAUUAUUCAGGAAAAAUCGCAAACAACUACCCUGCCUCCAAAGGAAGCUCAAUGGGGUGCACAAUCUAAUCCCGGACCUAGCAGUCAGCAGACGUGGAAUAACAAUGUUCCAGCUCAACAACAGCAAGGAGCAAAGCAAAGUCAAACACAACCAAAACAACCACAAGUGCCUAAGAAGACAUCCCUGCAAUUGCAACCAAAUCCAAAACCACAACGUGUAAAACAACCCAUAAGUACACCCAUAGAAACCCCAGUUAAAGUUCAACCGAACCCUCAGUGGUUUAAUCCGAAAUCCAGAAAGUCCAAUCAAAAUCAAAAUAUUCAGCGUAUAUCCAGUCAACAGGGAUGGAUGAACCCACGUAAGACUCAGGCAAAAUCAUUUAGCAAUGGACAAGAUCAAACACAGUAUCAACAGUGGCAAAAUCAGUCAAAAUUGCCACCGAAACAACAGCAGGGCACACAGAAAAAAGACAUCCAAGAAAUACCACCACAAAAGCCCCAACAACAACAACAACAACAACAACAACAACAACAACGACAACAACAACAACAGCGAACGAGACAACAAGCUCCACAACCUACUCAGAAAUCGACUGGCCAGUGGCAGAAUAAACAAGCAUGGCAACAACAAUACCCACCAAAACAAGCUAUUCAACAACCUACAAAACAAGUCCAACAACCACAGGAACAACAGCAACCUAAUGUCCAACAAAGUAUGCCAUCAAAGCAACUAAGAAAUAGUAACUGGCCAGUGCAACAGUCUACGCCUAGACCGAAUCAGGAAUUUCGCCAACCUCGGCAGGGACAGCAGCAAAACCGGAAUGGACAAUACGCACAAUCUACCGGACGUCAACAAGCUCAAAUGAUACAAAAAAGAGGCAAUCAAAAUAUGCCGUCACAAAUGCCUCCACAGCAACAACAACAGCGGCAGCAGCGACAACAACAACAACAGCAACAACAGCAACAACAACAGCGACAACAGCAACAACAACAACAGCGACAACAACAACAACCACGCCAACAGCAACAACAACAGCGACAACAACAACAACAACAACAACAACCACGCCAACAACAACAGCAACAACAACAGCGACAACAACAACGGAUGAGACAAAAUUGGCAAGCACAAAAUGGACAACAAUUCCCGUCUCCAUCUGCUGUGCCAUAUUCACAAAACCGGGCACAGAAUCCACCGUAUAGGGUUCGCAAAAACAGAAAACCCUUUUCAUUGAAUGCCGAUCCACAAGCCAUGAGAUGGAGCCCGAAAAUUGCUAGACAAUUUUUCGGUGGACUUACAGUUUACGAUCCAAAACCAAGUUCCUCAUCUGUGUAUAAAAAACCCCAGGCUUCACCACAACGUCCCCCUGUAGCACCACCUUCCACUUCUGCCCCCGUCCCAGUCGUUACUCCAUCAACCCCAGCUCCGGUUCCAUCAGUGAAGACAUGGAACGCUGUCCAACCACCAACAGCACGAGCUCUACCACCCCGAAGUCAACAACCAUCUGUUCCAAGUGUGCCAUCGCAAGUUAAUCAGAAUGCUAUACCCCCUACUAAUGUACAAUAUCACCAACAACAGGCUCAGAAUAUGCCGCCUCAGUAUGCACAACAGCAACAGAUUCAAAAUCCUGUACCGCCUCCAUAUGUACAACAACAAAGUCGGAAUCCCAUGCAGCCUACGUAUGUACAAAAACAACCAAACCAGAAUCCUGUUCAAAAUCAACAAGCGCAACAACCACAACAAACUGCACAACAACCUCCAGUUUCAGGACAGGGCCAGAAUACAAAGCAGGGCACCAAAUCCCUGAAAAAUGAAAUUUUGCCUGUUAGCAAUAUCAAAGGUAUCAAUUCGCCAUUAUUUGUUCUUCAAUCGAAGGCCGAUGUCAAUAAACAUUUAGAUAAAACAGAGGAACCACCCAGCACUAAGGCCACGGAUCAGAUGUUAAAUAUUGGUGAAUAUGAUACAGGAUUCAAGGGCAAUAAAAAUCCACUGUACGUCGUUGGUACGCCUCUUAAAGUAACCGAUCCAAAACCCGAACCUACUCCACAGAUUGAAAUCAUUCCCAGUCAAUCAAGCAACAUCAAUGUAAAGCCGAGCUAUCCUACACAUAUCCAACCAUCACAACAACCCGUCGUUCAAAGACAACAAAACAUGCAAAACUACCCACAACAAAUCCAUCCACCUCAACAAACUGGUGUUCACGCUCAACGAAAUAUUCCCUCAACCCCAGCUCCAACUCCUGCACAAACAACAAGGGCUCCUCGUCGAUUUAACCCGUUCGUCGGUAGUCCGCGUCCAUUGCCUGGUAAUCAAAGAUCAGCAAUUCAACAAAAGUAUCCUUCUGCAAGACAACCCCUUUCUCGACCAGGACCCAAGGGCUUCGGUUCACUAAACGUUAAAGGAGUUCCGAACAUGGCAAGUACAACAACGAGGAGUGUAACCACAACCACCACUCCAAACCCAAUAACAACACAAAAGUACCGAUCAGGUAGUCUGGCCGCCCUGGGAGUAGGAAUGCAAAACACUGACUUCAAAGGUGCUAUCAUUCCUAAAGCACUUUCUACUACCCCAACACCGCAAAUCAUAAAUGCUAGACAAGAACAAUUCUCAGCACAAGGCCGGGGAAUGUACCGCCCGACAUUUACUCGUAAACUUCCCAAGCGAUAUCCGCAAUAUCCUUCGAGAAAUACAAAUAGACAGCGGCCACUAAAUCCAAGAACGGUGCAACAAAACCCAACUAGACCAGGUAUGUCUCAACCUAAAGUUCGAGGACCUCCGGAGAAAAUGACAACCUUAGAUUCCCUUAUUUGGAACCAAGCCAUUUCAACUACAACAGAAAACCCUAGUACUCGUAUGCCAUAUGUUCCUAGUAACUUCAAUAGAUUUAACAAUGCAAGGCAAUCUGGAAAUAUCCAGUCACCGUUUUCAAAUUUGCAGAAACGCCCAAAUUCAAGACUUGUAUCACCUCGACAGGGACCUCAACCACGGUAUCCGAAACGUCACGAGUCUAAUCGUCAAUCUGCUGAUCCCUUGUCAGCAAACUGGAAAGAUCCUUCACAUCAGCAACAAACUUUAGGAAGAAUGCAGCGUAAAUCAGGUCUUUCACAAUGGCAGAAUCAGGCAGGUAAUUCAAAUUUACGAAAAAUUCCAAGGGUUCAGACACCACAUCAGUCUAACCAGCAACGGCCACGCGUUCACCAAAGUCAAAAUAUUCCUUCGCCAACACCAGGGCCAAUAUCACAACCGACUCCUGGAACUGGAAUGGACAAAUAUAUAGUGAGUGGUCCUAGAAAAGAAAGGGGUCCACAACAAAAAACCCAGCCCCAAAGACCAAAUCCUGUUCGCCAAGGGCCAAGUCCCCUUCCUCAGGAACCAAAACCUGUUCCCCAAAGGCCAAAACCUGUACCACAAAGUGCCCCCAGACCAAUAAAUAGGACCCCACAACAGAUCAAAGGACCGUAUCCACCGCAACCACUCCAAAACUCAGGUAGUCAGAAAUCGUUUACUUUUGGAAAAAGUAGAUCAAACACAUUCAGUACGUUCUUGCUAGGAGGAAAUCGCAAAAAAGGUGUAGCAGCUGCAAAUGAGAUAGAAAAGCCGGGGUCAAAUUUGCAGUCGCCGGUGAAAAGAGCGGAAUUCGUAGCAGAAAGCAAUGCAGUCAGCCAUGCGAAAUCGGCGAAUAAAAUUUAUUCUAAUCCGAUGCAGCGUCCUUUGCCUGGGGGUGCAUUUGGGGUUGUUUCCGGUGGACUAUCUGCAUCGAAGAUUAAUCCCAUCGCAGUAAGUAGAGCUCAAGAACGCCGAAAGCCUUCAGAAAGUCCAAAGCUGUCGCGACUUGGGAAUAUACUUGGGCGAGAACAGCGUGCACAGAAGCUAGGAAGCUAUCAAAACAUUUUAAAUAAUGAGCCAGCGACUGUAGAUACCGGAAACAGUAAAGUUCUGUGGUCUGUUCGCACUACACCCGCGGAGUCAAAAAUCAUCUAUCAAGACACCCUUCUUAAGAAUCAAGUUAUUGCAGAGAAAAGCGUACCAAUACCAGGAUACUACAGAAGAGACACCGCUGUCGAGAAACAACCACAAUCCGUUGUACCGGCAGUAGAGGCCUACAAACCUAGGCCACAACAGUCCCUGAUGCGUGGACCCAUGCCUAGAGAGAUGGAAAAAUCUCGACACAGUGUUCAGAAUAGCAAUGCUUAUCCUGCAGUUAAACCUAAAGUUUCCAAUCGCCAAACAAGUCCUCAGAUAUCGCCCCCAUCUCAAAAUGUCUAUCAAGGCCCUGUCUUGGCGGGGCAGUCACAAAAUAUAGAGGCCCCAGCCAAAAUGGCUGUUGUAGAUCCUCCCGUUCAAAAACAGCAGAUUCAGAAAGAGGCUCCCCAACAACAACUUGAAAAACAACAGCCAGUUGAACCACCGACAACAAACCGACCAGAUGUUCACGUUCAUCAGCGCCAAGUGAACAAAAAACAGCGUGGAUUCCAAUCUUUUAGAUUUAGCAAUUCUGGAUUCGCAAUACCAAGAGUUAGAUCAGAAUCUCCAAAGCAUCAAAGUGCUUUUAAAUAUGAGAGAACUCCGUGAUGAACAUUUAGCAUAUCUACUAUUGACAAUCUUUUCAAAAAGUGAUCUCGUUGCUUCUUUCGUUUGAGUUCUGACAUCAUAUCAUGAGAGGGGACACGCUUAGUAAAUGAUUCAUUAAUGACACGAGAUUACGAAGGUUUAAAAGGACUUUGUUAUGUUCUUUUGUAAUCCAUUAACUUUCGAAAAACAAAUCUUGAAGAUAUUGUGAGCUAUUAAUGCGGAGUCUUACAAAUAAAUGACUGGAAUUUUAUGACUUAAUGCAUUUCGUCUUCUGACGCAAAACAUGUGACGUGUUGUGUGACGUGUGAAUGCCUUGUUGAUGUUUGAUUUUUGUACAUAUUUAUUGAUUUCAUAUAAAACUGUUAAAGUUGAA